UUUUAUUUCAAAAAAAAAAAGACCACCCAACGAAGACUUGCAGCGACUUUCUUCUUCACAAGAUUGGAGGAGAGAGAGAAAAUAGAAAGAGGGAAAAAAGAAAAAAAAAAGCAAUUUUAGGUGAAUUUCAAUUUAAUUUAACUAAUUACAAGAAUUUUCCACAAUUCAAAAUCCCCAAAAUUUUAGGGUUUUAUACUUGCUAUUUUCACCUCUUUUGUCCGAUUAAGCAAUUUUGUACAAAGGCUGAGUUGUAUAUCUGGUGAUUGAUGCCAAGUUAGUGUGCUUCUAAAGCAUGCCAUCAAAGUCUAUUCUGGCAAACCAACCAGAGCCCAGUUCUCAUACUACUACUCCCCCAUCAGCAGUCUGUUCUGAACAGUGGUGGCGAACGGCUGGAUAUGGUCAAUUUCCUAUAACAGAUGCAGGUGGAAAUGCACUUAAACAUACAUUGUUAGAUAAUCCCGUUGAGAUGUCAGGAUCUAAAGAUGACCAGUCACUGUCAAAUGCGGGGGAUGAUGAAGAUGAGACCAGCAAGGACUCUGAAACUACGGGAUCAACUUCUACCCCUCGAGAUGGUAGCUCAGGGCAUGAGCUCCAUAAAUCACAAUAUGGUGAGUCCAGUAUGUCUCUUGGAAGUGGGGAUUACUUUUCACAGCAUCCACAACUCGAACUUGUUGGUCACUCAAUUGCAUGCGCGUCAACUCCUUAUCCUGAUCUCUACUAUGGAGGAAUGAUGGCUGCUUAUGGACCUCAGCCCUUGGUUCCUCCUCAGUUUUAUGGGAUGCAUCAACCUAGGAUGCCUCUGCCUCUUGAGAUGGCACAAGAACCUGUUUAUGUUAAUGCUAAGCAGUAUCAUGGUAUCUUAAGACGGAGGCAGGUUCGUGCCAAAGCUGAGCUGGAAAGGAAACUUAUCAAAAUCAGAAAGCCUUAUCUACACGAGUCUCGACACCAACAUGCUCUAAGAAGGGCAAGAGGUACGGGAGGACGUUUUGCAAAGAAGGGUGAAGCUGAAGGUUCCAGCCACUCUGCUGAGGAGGGAAACAAAAAUUCAGAUGCAGGAGGAUCCCGAUCGCAUGGGACUCGUGAUGAACACGCAGACAUCUCCAAUGGCUCAGGGGGAACUAGAGCUGGGGAGGGUCAGUCUAACCAGCAAUGGGGUAACGGCAUGUCCACUGAUCAGGCUCCUCAAUGUGCACUGGCCAUGUGAUGAGCUUGAGUGUACAUUGAGAGUGCCGAGAAUUCGACUACCUGGGUAGAAGAUGUAUAUGUCCUAUUCUCUUUACCUUUUAAUGGCAGAUUCAGAUUGGAUCUUCUCUUGGCUUUAGAUGGCUGAGCGGCAAAUCAUUCUUGGCUGUUUUAUAGUGCUUGUGGUUGGCAGGGAGAGUAGGAUACAAUUGGAUAGCAAAGUAGCAAAUCUAUAGCCUUCGUGCUAAUCGGUUUACCCUCUGGAUUAUGUACAGUUUGUAGUUUUUUCUGUAGUUCAGAGCUUUAGGUUAGUGAGGAAAGAUAACGAGGCUAAGAUAUCAUUUGGUAGCAGUUUUAAGUUCCAUAUCGACUUUUGUUCAUGUUAGUACUUUGUAUAGUUCAUAGGUUUUAUGAUGCUGUUAGGUUCGUAUUUGUGACAUUAAUAUACUUUGGACUGGCUACAUCGCAUGAAAUGUUUGGAACA